UUCUAAUUCUAAGGUUAACCCUUAUGUGACAUGUCACUCAGUACCAUCAUGCCUAUGGUGAAAAAUGUGGUUUCUAUGGUGAUAUGAUUUCCCCACUGUUGUUAUUUCUCUCAGAACCUUGUACCGAAGCCCCCGCAAGGCCCCAGGCCCAGCCGAGAGGCAAAUAUAGCAAAGGCAGAAAAGAAGGCCACAGAGGUUAUCAAGGCUAGAAGGUCUAGGGAGGUUAAGUCAGGGGUGAAAAAACUAAGCCGCCAAGUAGUUGGUAUGUUGGCACUGCCUCAAACUCUAACUCAAACAACCAGUUACAGUGAGUAUUCAUCUCCACUUCCAAAAUACCUGGAUUUAUUGAUAGAAUUCUAAAACGAUAUAUGGUGGAAGGAUCCACUAAUGUCUACGAUCCUCUUUCUGUAGGUGUCCUGCCAGCUAUCAAGAAGGGCACUAAAGUUACCCUCCAGUCCUCCAGCUCCCUCUCCCUCUCCGAUGACAACAAGGAGGCACUCGGGGCCGUCUGCCAGGUCCUGACCACCAGGGUGGGAGACAUCCUGAACAGUACCUGCAACGACGAUUACAAAGCCAGGCUCAUCAUCCAGAAAGGAUUGGAUUCCGGUGCCAGGGAAAGGUUCCCUGACUCUCCGUGUUCCUCUUCACCCAAGGACAAAGAGGAGGUGGUUGUAAGUGUCAUGACUGUCUCAUACCCUAAACCCUCCACCCAGGCAGCAUGGGCAGCUCCUGCCCAGACUCUGGAAGAAGAGGUGGGGGGGGCCGAGGUCUCCGAGAUGAGUGACAGCUCCCUGAUGCCCACCAAGAACAGGCAGGACCCCCUGGAGAAGAUUCCCUCCCUCCUACCAGGCAAGGAGCACAUCCUCCUUUGCAGCACUCCCUGGGCCACCGUCAUGAGCCCCCAGACUCUGAAGUUUAUUCUCCACGGCAUCAUGUGUCGACUCGAGGCCUCAGAGUCCCCCCAGACAAGGAGGGCCAAUGACCCCUUCAGGCUGAUGAAGGAUCUCUUUGUGGAGGUCCAGCAUGCCCUGAAGUAUGCUGACAUCUCUGUCGUCUUUGGCCUGGAGGAGAGCAUCCAAUUCAGUGGUGAGGAUGCGGUGAAGGCCAUCGUGAAGACUGCGGCUAAAAGAUUGUCCCUGCGUUCGGACUCCAACCGGGCUCAACUGCGUGCCGCACGCUCUGGUAGCGAGGGAGCCAUCAGGUGCAUGGCGGACACCAUCACACAGGUCAUAGAGGACUGGAGUUUCGAAGGCCAUUUUGGAGCCAGGAGGAGCCGUGGUAGUGGGAGGUCACACUCCUCAACCUCCUCAAGGAGUGAUGUCACCCUCACCGAGGAGCUCCUGGCUUGGAGGGAAACCCUAGACGAGGACCUAGAGGAGAUGGCUGAUGACAGCACUGGUUUGGAAAAGACCAGUGUAAGCUCAGCCAUCUCUGAAAAGUCCCAGGUAAUUAGCUACCUUUCUGAAAGCAUCAAGCCCAUCAGCAAUGCCCUCUCCACAGACCUCGAGGACAUCACCUCCACACAGAAGAAAGAGAAGGAAGAAGCUAUGAAGAAAGAAGUGAGGAAGUCAGGAAAGAAGAAGCGAGGAAAUAACAAGAACCAGAAAGAAGAACAAGGUGUCUCCUCUUGGCAAUGA